AUGCUGUCAACAUUCUUCGGUUCUUCUUGUUCAGUGGACAUUUCGCUGGACAGAGAGGGACGGAAAUGCACUUGGUUAUCGAAGGAGAAAAAGGGAGAGAAGCUGCCAAUUUACAGUGAUGUGGAAGACGUCAGCGGCGUUGCACUGUUGAACUUAAAGACGGGAAAAAAACUAGAGCAUAAUGGCAUUAAAGUGGAACUAGUGGGCCAAGUUGACAUGCUGUACGACAGGAGCAGCACGUAUGACUUUUUUUCAAUAUCAAAAGACUUAGAGCCUCCUGGCCUGUUACUUGAAAGUAAAAAAUAUAAAUUCAAAUUCAACGCUGUUGACAAAGCCCACGAGACGUACUCUGGAAUUAACGUCCGUCUUAGAUACUUCGUCCGGCUCACCAUACACCGAAAUUACGCAAGCAGCAUUGUCAAGGAGCAUGACUUUGUCGUGCAAAAUGUUGGACCGCCUCCUGAGAUAAAGAAUUCAAUCAAGAUGGAGGUCGGCAUUGAGGACUGCCUGCAUAUAGAAUUUGAAUUUGACAAGAGCCGAUAUCACCUAAAAGAUGUUGUCAUUGGCAAGGUUUAUUUUGUCCUUGUGCGGAUUAAGAUUAAAGACAUGCAACUCGAUAUAAUCAAGACAGAAACUGCAGGGAAUGGAGCCGCGGCUGUGACAGACUCAGAGACUCUUUCCAAAUUCGAAAUAAUGGACGGUGCCCCUAUACGAUCGGAGUGCAUACCUGUGAGGCUCUAUCUAAGUGGAUUAGAUCUCACCCCAACAUACAAGAAUGUCCAAAACAAAUUUUCAGUUCGGUACUUCUUGAACCUGGUUCUUGUAGACGAAGAAGACCGAAGGCAAGCCAUAGACGUGAAACAUGGUCUCUUAGGCCUGCCUGUGGCCUUGUAG